UAUGUCAAAUGUUUUGUUUUUGUAACGUUGAACGGCGAGCUGGAUAGAAGCUAAACUACCUUAAAGGCUGUAUUUUAAAACGUCACAGAUUAUCUUAAUAUCUUUUUUUAUGCCAGUUAUUAUAUAACGAGUGCUUUCCAUCUCUUUCUGAGGUUUGUGGGAUACAUUUAACGACACGUUCUCACGUUGAUGAUAGAAAACGGGGCUUCGAUGGGAGUCGACCACACGGAGCCGGAGGUACCGGAGCACUCUGCGGGCCGGCGGGUGUCCUGCGACGGGGAGCGGGCCACGGUGCGGUACGUGGGCCCGGUGCCACCGACAGCCGGACUGUGGCUCGGCGUGGAGUGGGACAACCCGGAGAGAGGCAAACACGACGGCAGCCACGGGGGAGUCCGGUACUUCACGUGCAGACACCCGGAAGGAGGCUCCUUUGUCCGUCCGGCCAAGGUGAGCUCGGGAGUGGACUACCUGACCGCCGUGCGACAGGUGUACGAGAACCAGACGGAGAAGGUGCUGAGCGAGGAGAUCUCCAUCUCCUCCAAGAAGCUCGAGUGGCUCGGAAUCGAGGACCGCGGUUUCGAAAGUCUUCCGUCGGUGCUGCUCGGCAGGUGUGAAGUGAACGGACCCGGAGCCGACGGAGAAAUCAGGAAAUCAACGCCAAACGUGCAGUGGCUGGACAUGAGCCAGUCUCUGCUCUCCUGCUGGGAGGACGUGUCCGCCAUCACUCAGCAGCUGGACGGCCUGGAGGGACUUCAGCUCGGCAACAACAGACUGCGUUUGACCUCUGACCUCUCGGCCCACUGCCGGUCUUUCUGCAGCCUCAAGGUCCUCGUCCUGAACAGCUGUGACCUCACCUGGCCGCAGGUCCUGCAGUGCGCCCCCAUGUGGCCACAGCUGGAGGAUCUCAGUGUGGAAAACAACAACAUCACCGAGCUGCAGAGGCCCGACGGAGCGCUGCAGUCCCUGAGGAGCCUCAGUGUGUCCGGGAACCCGUUGGUGCAGCGCGGCGUGCUCCGCUUGGCAGCUCUGCCCCGACUGGAGCACCUGAACUUGUCCAAGACUGGACUCUCUGACAUCCGAUUUGAUGACACUCCUCCUGGGUCUCAAACGGUUUUGUUCUCGGCGCUGACGAAGCUCAACGUGUCCGACAACAACGUCUCAGAGUGGUCUGUGGUGGAUGAACUGGCAAAGCUUCCCAGUCUGUCUCACCUUUCGUGUCGCGGUAACCAACUGGUGAGCAGCGAUGGAAACCCCAAAACAGUCCACCAGCUGCUCAUCGCCAAACUGGGACGACUGGUCUUCCUCAACAACUGUGAGAUCCACCACAAAGAGAGGAGGGGGGCGGAGCUCGACUACAUCAAGAUGUUCGGGGAGGAGUGGCUGAAGGCGGGUGGGGGGAGUCAGCCCAGCACCCAGUUCAUCGGGCAGCACCCUCGCUACCUGACGCUCAUCGACAAGUACGGCGCUCCGGAGGAAGGCGAGCUGAAGAAGCCGGAGCCGUUUGCUUUGAAGAAUCAGCUGUUGAAGAUUACGUUUGCGUUUCCCGAUGACGCCGACCGGAAGCCGAUUGAGAAGAGAGUUCUUGCCUCCAUGGUGGUUCAGAAGGUGAAGGGACUCCUCUACAGACUGCUGAAGGUACCAGCAGCAGAUCUGAAGCUCACCUACACCAGCCCCAAGAUGUUGGGCACAGAGUUUGAGAUCGACAGUGACCUGAAGACGCUCCAGUUUUACGCCAUAGAGGACGGAGACCAGGUUUUGGUCCGCUGGUCCUGACCCUGCAGACCCCGGUCCUGACCCUGCAGACCCCGGUCCUGACCCUGCAGACCCCGGUCCUGACCCUGCAGACCCCGGUCCUGACCCUGCAGACCCCGGUCCUGACGCCGUUCUCACGGGAAAAAAAACCCCAGAAACUUUCAGGACUGAACUGAACUCGCUUGUUGGACUGGAGCUCCGGCAGCCGGCCGAGUCGUCGUUGGAGACGACGCACCGAGAGAUGGACGAACACCGCCGUGGCGCUCAUUCCGGAUCGGUUGUCUAGGAAACUGAACCGCCCUCGGAGCAAUCCAACCCCCUUUAGCUUCACGCAUGGCGAUCUGUCCCCUUUGUACUUCCUGCAGAAGCUUUAGUCAUGAAGUGAAAGCUGACAAAUUCAAAGAUUUACUAAAUAAUAAUGCUUACUUUUUGCAUUAAUUUAAAUGUAAUCAUUAGAUUUCACAGUUUGAGGACUCUGAGCUGCAUCAUCUGCAUAGUACAGUAUGUCUAAAAAUCCCUAUACUAUAUGUCAGAUGCAUUUUGUUUUUACGGUCUUCCACCGUAUCGAGUUAAUACCUUCGGUCUAAAAGUUUAAACGUUAUUUUCUGCUUCAGGUUCUGCAGAACGCCACAAAUUAAGCCGACCGGGUCACAGAAACCCAAAUAUUUCAUAGUAUCGUGUCAUAAACAUCAUUUUAAAAGUGAUUGUACUGUAUGUCCUAAAAGUGAGUAUUCAAUAAAAAUGUCAAAUUAA